GUCGCGCUUCCGGCUAGGAGGAGGUGGUGGUGGUGGUGGUCGUCGUCGUCGUGGUCAUGUCGGGCUCCAGCAGCGCCCUCAUGAAGCAGCCCCCGAUCCAGUCCACGGCGGGGGCCGUGCCCGUCCGCAAUGAGAAGGGGGAGAUCUCCAUGGAGAAGGUGAAGGUGAAGCGCUAUGUCUCGGGGAAGAGGCCGGACUACGCUCCCAUGGAGUCCUCGGACGAGGAGGACGAGGAGUUCCAGUUCAUCAAGAAGGCCAAGGAGCAGGACCUGGAACCGGAGGAGCAGGAAGAAGAGCUGGCCAGCGACCCCCGCUUGCGGCGCCUGCAGAACCGCAUCACGGAGGACGUGGAGGAGAGGUUGGCAAGGCACCGAAAGAUCGUGGAGCCCGAGGUGAUGGGGGAAAGUGACUCAGAAGUGGAAGGAGAGGCUUGGCGUGUGGAACGAGAGGACACCAGCGAGGAGGAAGAGGAGGAGAUUGAUGAUGAGGAAAUUGAGCGUCGCCGUAGCAUGAUGCGCCAGCGUGCUCAGGAGCGUAAGAAUGAGGAGAUGGAAGUGAUGGAAGUGGAAGACGAGGGCCGUUCCGGGGAGGAGUCUGAAUCUGAGUCGGAGUAUGAGGAGUAUACAGAUAGCGAGGAUGAGACCGAGCCACGUCUUAAACCUGUCUUCAUCCGCAAGCAAGACAGAGUCACAGUCCAGGAGAGGGAGGCAGAGGCAUUGAAGCAGAAGGAGCUGGAGCAGGAGGCCAAACGGAUGGCUGAGGAGAGGCGCAAAUACACCCUUAAGAUCGUGGAAGAAGAAGCAAAGAAAGAGCUGGAGGAGAACAGGCGCUCCUUGGCAGCCCUUGAUGCUCUGGACACCGAUGAUGAGAACGAUGAGGAAGAAUACGAGGCUUGGAAAGUGCGGGAGUUGAAACGCAUCAAGCGGGACCGUGAGGAGCGAGAGGCGCUAGAGAAGGAGAAGGCAGAGAUUGAGCGGGUGCGGAAUCUAACUGAGGAGGAACGCCGUGCUGAGCUCCGAGCCAACGGCAAGGUCAUUACUAACAAGGCUGUGAAGGGCAAAUACAAGUUCCUUCAGAAAUACUACCACAGAGGAGCCUUCUUCAUGGAUGAAGAUGAGGAUGUGUACAAGAGGGACUUCAGUGCCCCAACUCUAGAGGAUCACUUCAACAAGACAAUUUUACCUAAAGUCAUGCAGGUGAAGAACUUUGGGCGCUCUGGACGAACGAAGUACACACACUUAGUGGACCAGGACACAACCUCUUUUGACUCUGCCUGGGGCCAGGAAAGCGCACAGAAUACCAAGUUCUUCAAGCAGAAGGCAGCUGGCGUGCGGGAUGUCUUUGAGAGACCCUCUGCCAAGAAGCGGAAGGCUACCUGAGUGGGAGAGUCAUGAAGGGCACUUUCUUGACCAGGUUGCCCUGUACUGUGGCUUGGGACAACAGAAUUCUGCCAUAUGCCUGGACUACUUAUUCUUUAUGCUUGUGGUGGAAGCCUCAUCUGCCUGGUCACCUUACCCUUGUGUCUAGGGCGUUGGUACUGGCACAGCAGGUUCUCUGUUAUCCCUUGGAGUACAUCUUCUCCCUCUCUAUGGUUGUGUUUUUAAUUUUGCCUGGCCAUAAAGAUCCCCUGAUCUUUAUAGAGGCACUGUUGUUAAGGGGGUUUGGGGUAGAAGAGAAGCAGAUUUAAAUCUGUAUUAAAUGUAUUUCCUAUCAA